GGGAUAGAUUCUGAGCUAAAAUAAAAACGGCUCGGUUGGCAGUGUUGACAAGCACUACUAUCACAUCCAAAUAAAGGAUUUUAAAGGGAUUUUUGCCUCGAAAACUUCGAAACAACAUAUCACAGCGGCCCGUGCAGAGUCCCCCGAGCAGGGGGCAAACAAAGCUGUUCUGUCCACUAUCUUCCCACUCUUCACUUCCCUGACGAAUGGAGGGCAGGUGGAGAUGGACGUUUACAGGAUAAUGUGAUUGCAGCUUUUGCAUUUGUGGGACCCUGCUGACCCAGAUGACCCCCUGACCACACGGCACAACAUGAAACCUGUCAGCUAUCACAGCGUCCCGUCGUCUGUGAACGGAGGACACCAGAAUCUGGGUCUGGAUCGUGUGCGGUGUGAGUCAGAUGUGAUGUACUGUGGCAAAUGUGGAUUUCCUUCGAAGGAUGUUGCGGCAUUUGAGAAGCACAUGCUUGAACACAUGGGGACAAGAUUUUACUGUUUCUACUGCAACAAUGUGUUCUUCAGCGAGGCCGAGCUGAACACUCACUUGAAGCAGCACACUACAAACUAUCCAUAUAAAUGUCAGUACUGUGGACAAGGCUACAUGCGGAGGCUGUGCCUUGUGAAGCACAUUGACCGCCUCCAUAAGAACAUCAGUCAAGGACCUGCUAAGCCUGACGUGGUGAAAAUUUCUCACGUGCCUGUCUCCAGUGCCUUAUCAAGUGUGUCCAGUGCUGAUUCAUCGUCAUUUAGACCUGCAGUUCGGGUGUCAGCUCCUGUCCAAAGGGCACCUGUAGUAAGAGUGAAUAAAGAUGAACUAAGAGCAAAAGCACUAGACUGUAAUGUCUCAAACACCACCAAUGGACAUACAGAACAUUAUUCUCUUUUGAAUGGACCCAUACAGCACAACAGGGCUUUAACUGUUUCUCUGCCAGAAGAAGUAACAAUCCCUGCUGGCUGCUUGGUUGAACUUGUCGAAGUGAAAACUGUAAACGGGACAAAGGAGCUGAAACUGAGGCUCGUCUCUCAACAGGAAAACAAAUCGGUGAUCAAAGACACAAGGACGACAGUCUCUCAGAACGCUGCACUGGGAAAGCCACUGUCUUCAGCACUAAAUCAUCAAAUCGGCACAGUGAAAACUGGGAGUAUGGGAAGGUGCACUGUCAACAGGAGACGGUGUGAAACAAAGACAGUGAAUGUAGAGCGGCCCGUUUCCAAAAACCUCCCGAGUCAAGUGAGCAACGAUAAGAGUGGAUUCAAAAGAACAUCACAAGAAAUAUUCAGUAUGGACUCUAACACAGUCAUUCCAUGUAAGAUUCCCAAAAUCACCAUCAGAUCUGCUAGAGAAGGAACUAGUGGGAUCAGAGUUACACAAAGAGAACCUGUAAGUCUUGUAAAUGCAGCUUCAUCCUCAGUCAUCUCCACCAGGGUUGCCAACAGGCUGACCAACACCCUGCAUCCAGACAACAGGACAGUGGAGGAGAGGAGAGAUUUAAUUCAAGCACAUUCCAAGAGUAUUCCACCCCAGAGGGCAAGUGACACAAAGAGCAUUCAUCGAGAUGUGUUGGCAGCUUUUAAGCAGGAACUCACAGUGAUCCACUCCAGGAAAAACACUGAUUCAAAAAUAAUGAAGGAUACAGUGGGCUUGAAUCAGCCGUGUUUGAAAUCAGCUCCUGCUCCCCUGAGUGUUCCUGCGGCCACUGCUGCCCAAGUGAGACCUCCAGCUGUUUCAGGAGGUAAAAAUAGUGUUGUUGUAAAUCAGUCUUUUCCAGCGCAGAGGACUUUGAAUGAGACAUCAUCAGCCAACGGCCCUGUGCUUUCUAAUGCAAAUUCAAAGGUGUCUGCUUGGAGCCAUAAUGUCAGAUUUAGUGAGAGAGCAGGAGAGGGAGACGAGACAGAACCUGAGAGUUUCCCAGUUAUUUCUUCAGUGUUUUCAUUAAGUCAACAAAUGAACCAAACCUCCUUUCAGCCACUGGUAAUGGCUCUGCGUGGCAUAGUGAUGGACAAGAGCAACGGUUCUGGUAGAACCCCUCAAGACCACAUCAAGAUAACAAACGGCACAGAGCAGAUGAGAGAGGCGCCGGCCUCCGGGCCUGCACAGGUGACUGCGAAAGAAGAACCCUCCAUCUGCUGCCCUGAUGUGACGGAGUGGUCCAUUGACUCUGUGAAAGUAGAGGAGCUGGAAAAGGGUGUCCAGCCCCAUCCUGUACUGACCAGCCACCAUAUCCAUGUGAAGGUGGAAAAGAACAGCAGUACACCGACAGACGACGAUAAUAAAUUCAGUAUAACACUUGCUUCAACGUGUCCCACCGAUAAGGGAUCGGAUUCGAAAAUCGUGUCGCAUGUCGAUGCGUCUGUGUCUACAGACGAUCUAAGGCAAACUGCAAAACGUGAGCAUGACGUUUCCUCAAAGUUCCUCACCGUCUCACUGAGAAGGGUACAAGUAGGCGUGUGGGAAAACAACAGGAAAGGAACGAAACUGUCAGAUUUCCAUAUUUCCAAAUGUGAGACUCAUUUACCUGUGGGCAGUGUAACUGACUGUGCAGUCAUUUACCUGAUGCCACUGAAGGUGGACCAGCUGGUGAGAAGACCAGGCCCAAACCAGCCUGUAGUGGUACUCAACCACCCAAAGCCCCGGGCCCCUGUACAGGAAACCGGAGCAGACACUGUUGCCAACACUGGAGCCUCUGUGGUGGUUCCAAAGUGCCAAAUCCUCAAAAUGAAGCUGAGCAAAGUGAUGGGGCAGAAAUAUGAGGUGAAGGGCUGCACUGUUCGAGUCUGUCCAUGAAUUUGUUGGACGAUGCAUCGGUGGAAGGAUGUGUAUAUUAACGAGAAACUCAAGUAGUAUUAUGAUGGGAAAAUACUUCAUUUUGUUCUCUGUUUGUCUGUGGAUUGGCCUGGGAUGGAUUGUUCAAGUGCAAUGCUUUUGAGACUGCGUUGGGUUCUUUGAAUAUGGCAUUGGCCGGCCCGCUGUAGUAGGUGGCAGUCAGUGACAGACAGACACGUCAGAAGUUUGGGAAACCAGUAGAUAUGAGUUUAGGCAUUCAAGCAUGCUGUUUAUUUAAAAUUAUAUCUUAAUUUAUUCAUUUUUUUCGUUGCAUCCGUAAUGUCUCGUGGUUCAUCUGGUCCCUUAAAGAUCCAAGCUGCUAUACAGCAUGUGCUGCAAACCCAGAUUAUCGAAUUGUCACUUCAAAAAUAAAAAAAAACAGUGUCAUUUACAGUAUGUAGGAAGGCCAUGGAUUUAAUCAUUUUUUAAAUUCAUGGUAAAAUCAGUAUGUGCCAUGAUUAAAUGUUUGUUGUGCUAUUUAUGUAAUAUCUUGUGUGGCAAAAUAUCACAUGCAGUUCAGAAAAUGCACCACGAACAAGCUUUUGUUCCAACAUCAAUCCCUGUUUCUCUACAGUCGGCACAUAUUAGAUUUAUGUAUAAAACUUUGAGCACAUACAUGCCCACAAAAGUCCUUACUCCCCUUAUGUGCAGAUGCUUAUUUGGCAUCCUAAUUCAAGGGCCAACAUUUCAGUGCUCGUGAGCUUGUAGCUGGUUGAGAGCACAACAUUAAACUAGUCCGAAAUCUCAAAUUGUGGAGAUCAGUCAGUGUUUUACAUGUAGCAGUCAGUCAGUGACCUCCAACAUUUCUGGCUGCACAUUCCAGUCAGGUACUCUGCAAACUUCAGAAGUAUUACAUUUUCAGAGGGUCGGUCGUCAGUCGUCGGCCCAUGAAGUGAACUGGACCUGUGACAAAUCCAGUAGAAGCUUAAUGUGUAAAUACAUUUACACUUGUGUUUGAUGUUGGCCACACACUCUGUGUGCAUGUGUGGGUUUCCUAUGUUUUUGGGUUUGGAUUCUCUCUUCUUUUUUGCCUUAACUUUAUAUUCACUAUCCAAAAUGGUAGUUGUAAAAAAAAAAAAAAAAAAGUUAAAUGCCACAUUUGACCACCAGUAUUUUUCUGGCCACUCUCGAUGACAAACUUCAACGUUUUGGACGAUAACACUAAGUUGGGAGUGUCUGAACCCAUCGUUGGGUCUGGUUUCAGAAAAGCUUGAUGCAAAAAAAUAAAAUAGAAAAGUGACCUCAGUGAAGGCUUCCUUCUGUAUAACUUACAUUUCACCUCGAGAUUUAAACAACAGAGAUCUUACAGAGAAAUUGUAAAUGUUUAUUUUGAUGUUCACCCUCUCCCCUCCCUCCAUGUUAGCCUGCACUUAAAAUAUGUAUACUUUUUAUAAAUCCAAAUGCAUAUUAAUAGAUUGUGUAAUUUAUCAUAGGCUUGUUUUGGUUCUUUGAUUGUCAGCCCUAGAAACGAGCGUCGAUGCCGUAACAGUUUGCAGCCAUUAGCCUGAACUCAAACUGGUCCAUUGAUUUUUAAGAAUGCCAUGCACUGUACUACUUGUUAUAAAUUUCUUAUAUUUUUAUUUUCUUGCCAUGUACAGAACAUACUCAGUGACUGUAGUGAUUCCUGGGCGCUCAUACACUUUGUGGUCGUCCAAAAAAACAUCAGAGGGUUGUAGUAAGCGAACUCCUGUCCUGAUUCUUUGCAGAUCUGCCUCUCUUCUUAAUGGCAGCGUUAUUACACCUGUGUGUUUUUGUUCAUAAUGUAAUCAUAAUGUAUGAGGUGCAGGUGCUAGACCUAUGAUUAAAGUAAUAGGUUUUGGUUGCCCGCAGAUUUUAUUGUGUAUAUACUUAAGAGUAUCAAACUGCAAUGACCUGUUAACUCACUCCGAAAGGGAAUGACUUAAUAUUCCUCCGCAACACUCAUGCUGUGCUUUAAUUUCUACUCACGCAGUGUUUAAAGCUGCUUUAUGUACAAUAUUUCUUAAGUGUCUUGACUUUUGCCUUUUAUUCGCCCCUCAUGUGUGAAGUAUGUUUUUGUUUUCGUUUGAUUGACCGUGUUUAUUACCGUGUUCUCAUGUUUUUUAUAAAAAACAGUUGUGUAACUUUUCCUUUUUCUAUUAAAACAAAGUAAAUAUGGUUGGAAGUUCACCGA